GAAUAUCUGUAGUCAGCUGAAUUGCGUUCGUAAGGUCCUCAGCCUCUUGUGUCAUUGGUGAAUGACCGAAGAUGUCUCACAGCAGGUUGUUUGCAAGGCUGCUUUUGCAGCAGAGUGGAGUGAGGCACUGUUAUACAGGAACAAGAAAGAACCUCUACAUCACCAAGAACACGAAGGUCAUCUGCCAAGGUUUCACAGGGAAGCAGGGAACUUUUCAUAGUCAGCAGUCUCUUGAUUAUGGCUCCCAGUUAGUUGGAGGUGUUUCCCCUGGUAAAGGUGGCAAGACACACCUUGGCUUGCCAGUCUUCAACUCAGUCAAGGAGGCAAAGGAAGGGACAGGAGCAGAUGCCAGUGUCAUUUACGUACCACCACCGUUUGCCGCAGCUGCCAUCAUUGAAGCCAUUGAUGCAGAAAUACCCCUGGUGGUGUGCAUCACCGAGGGCAUUCCCCAGCAGGACAUGGUGAAAGUUAAACAUAAACUCUUGCGCCAGAGCAGCACCCGUCUCAUAGGACCCAACUGCCCAGGAGUCAUCAACCCUGGGGAAUGCAAGAUUGGCAUCAUGCCGGGACACAUUCACAAAAGUGGAAGAAUCGGUAUUGUUUCCAGAUCGGGCACCUUGACAUAUGAAGCUGUGCACCAAACUACGCAAGUAGGCCUGGGCCAGUCACUCUGUGUGGGUAUUGGCGGGGAUCCAUUUAAUGGUACAAACUUCAUAGACUGUCUGGAGGUGUUCCUGCAGGAUCCCAAGACAGAGGGCAUCAUCCUUAUUGGAGAGAUUGGAGGGAACGCAGAGGAGAACGCAGCCGAGUACCUGAAACAGCACAACUCUGGAGCUAAGGCAAAACCUGUGGUGUCCUUCAUCGCUGGACUAACUGCUCCUCCUGGCCGUAGGAUGGGCCACGCUGGUGCCAUCAUUGCUGGUGGAAAGGGUGGAGCCAAAGAAAAGAUUGCAGCCCUCCAGUCCGCUGGAGUUGUAGUCAGCAUGUCCCCAGCUCAGCUGGGCAGCACUAUGUUCAAGGAGUUUGAGAAGAGGAAGAUGUUGUGAAUUGUGCUGUAAGACAACCGACCUUUUACCCUCCCCUUCGCUUCGAAACUGAAAUGAUUCUGGAGGUGGACAGGCCCAACAGUAUCUCGAAACCCUGAUAAUUUCAUCAACGAAACGCACAUAAAGUGUUUAUAUUGUAAUUUCUGCCAUGAUCUUGUACCUUGCACAUAACAAAAGAAUAAAACAUUAGUGUCUUAA